AUGUGCGGAAUCAUUAGAACAGAGGAGAUUUUAAAGAUAGGAAAAAUAUUUACCAUUCGUUGGGUAUCAUCCAGUUAUAGAACAGUUCGCGCUGUAUGGAAUAAUUUUGCUGUCCUACAUAAACAUUUCCUAGAAGCUUCUUUGGAUAAUACAAGAGACACAAAAGAAAGAUCAAAGUAUUCAGGUUUAAAUAAAAUGUUAACGUCCAAUGAGUUUAUACUGAAUCUAGGAAUAUUACUUAAUGCUUUACACGAGUUGUCUGAUUUAUCAUUGCAACUACAAAACCGAGAUUUGGGUUUGGCUUCAGCGCAUACUAUAAUAGAAAGAACAAUUCGUGUUAUUGAUAGUAUGGUUGAAACACAGGGACCAAAACUUAAAGAAGUAAAUUUAGCGUCUCAGGAAAUGAGUUUUAAAGGAGUAAAACUUACAUCUCACAAAAAUGUUCAAAGAAUUAAUUCGUCUCAAUUUUUUAGAAGUCUUUCAAACAAUCUAAAAUCAAGAUUAUUCACUACACAAUCGUCAAAUUCUUCUAAUAAUGUUCCUUCUAAAUUUCAAGAAGAGUAUGACCAAUUAUUGUCGGAUUUAGAUAUUUUUGCUCCUAAAAAUUGGCCUGACAACUUCAAUAUACAAUAUGGUGAUGAUUGUAUACGCCGAUUGUCUAAAAAAUUUAAAGUUGAUGAGAUCACUUCAGUAAGAGGCUUCCGUCAAUUUAAAGACACAAAAGAAGACAAUGUUGAAGAUCUUAAACUACUAACUACUGCAAUUAAGUGUAUAGCGAUUUCAUCUUCAGAAUGUGAGCGUUCAUUCAGCUCAAUGAACGAAAUUGUAUCCCCUAAAAGAAAUUAUUUGGGUUCAGUACACAUUUCAUCGUUAGUAUUUAUAAAUUGUGUUGGUCCACCAAUUGAUAAGAUUAACACAACAAAAUGGAUGGAAUCGUGGGUUAAGAAGGGCAAACGAACAGCAGAGGAACAAAAUUGUCCUAAAAGGAUGAAAAGGACUGAAGAAAAUGAUUCAUACAAAUCAUUGUGGAAUUUAAUUAAAGAAUAA